CUCAACUUCUUCAACUUCUUUUAUAAACUAGUUUAACUCUUGAUUAAUUUAAAAACAAUGAUUUUCAUUAAAUAUUUCACAUGAAUAAAGUUUCUGUUGUAGUUUUAUGUGAUCCAGACUGAUCAGAACAUCACAGAGAGUUAAAAUCCUCUGUUUCUAAUAACUAAGUGUGUUAAAGCUUUAUCUUCAGUGAAUUCAGGGUUUUUAUUUCAAAUCGAAUCAAAUGUCAGAAAGGAGACGAGAAGCUGGAAGCAUCAGAGCUCAGUUUGGAUGUUUUUUAUCAAUCAUGUCUUCAGCUGGAUGUCAGUGUGUGACAGGUGUGCUUUGUUGAUAAGGCCUCGUCCUGUGAUUGGUGCUCAGGAGGAGGAACAGGCUUUAAAAGCUUCUGCAGCUUCUGCAGAGUCCGUUCAGGCUGAAGCUCAGACAUGGCUCCUCUCGCCCUCCUUCUUCUUGUCCUGGAGAUCUGUUUUGCAGUGAAGUCAGAGGUGCAGCUGCAGAAGAGGAUCAUUGGAGGUGAAGACUGUAAAGGAACAGAGCGUCUUUAUCAUGUGAAACUGACAGCAACCAGUCAAACACAUGAGUCUCUCUGUGGAGGGUCUCUGAUCAGUGAUCAGUGGGUUCUGACUGCAGCUCACUGCUGGGAGGAUGGAUGGGUUCAUAAAGCUGUGGUAGGAGUUCAUCCUCAGACUGCAACAAAGACAACACUGACAAUCACAGACAAAGAGAUUUAUACUGAUGUGAAUAAACAAAAACAUGACAUCAUGUUAGUGAAGCUCCCACAGAAAAUAACAACAAUCACACCUGUGAAGCUGCCUGACUGUAAAAAUCCUCCUAAAAA